UCUGGGAGCAGUGGGCGCGAGAAAAGGGAGCAAGACCCAAGCGCCAGGUUUUCCAGCGCUCUGCAAGCCCAGCCCCCAAUUCAGUCCCACCAGGAAAUCUUUCCAGCUUCUUAAGAGCCAGAGUAACUCCAGCCGCCGCUCGCUCCCCGUCCCACUCGCCUUCUCAGAGGCUGCUGUCGCCUCUGCCCAGAGUUUCCUGCGGAGCUAGCGCUUUGGGGGAGACAGCCCGCGGCGGCGCCCAGGAGCUUCUGCCCAUGAAUGGGACUCCGCCCUGAGCGCCCCCUCCCGGUCCAAGGGAGGCGGCGGGGGGCGCCCCGCGAUCCCGCGGCUCCCAGCCGCCACCGGCGCAGCAAGUUGGGCGAGUUGGUGGCCGCCUGCACCUGCCGCCUGUCCCCAGCCCCAGAGUCCUCUCCUGGCCCGGGGAGCCUAGGUGGCACGCGCGGCCAUCUCCCGCCGUCGCCUAGGGCGGCCUAAGGACCCUGCCUGCGCCCGGGCGCCAGACCAUGGUGGGCAGCUGCGACCCAGAGCCACAGCCACCGCGAGCCGACGUCGCCCUCCACCAGCCCCCGCCCCACCCGAGCGGACGCGCGGGGGCUCGCAGCGCUCGGUCACUUCCUUCCACGGCUGGGAUGGGCGGCGCGGGACCGAGCGAGCGGCCCAGCGGCGGCCGGGUAACCCCUAUCUGAGCUGCGGCCGGGAGCUGCCGACCGCCGGGGCGUGAGAGCCUGGGGUCCCGGAGGCGCAGCGAUGACCUGAUCCCAAGCCCGCCAGGGCGCCCGUCCCUCGCAGCCCAGCUCGCUUGGAGCCUGUGCGGAGACCGGCUCGGUGCGGCGGCUCGGGCGCACGGUGGCGGGGAGCUCCGGUGAAAGGCGUGUGGGCGCCGAGGACACCUUCGGCAGCUCUGCCUUUGGAGGGGCUUCUGUAAACUACUGAGUCAUUCCAGAUUUAGGAUUUCCUAAAUAAUCACCAACUGUGCCCGUCUCGUGCCGGAACGCAGGCAGUGAGAGCGGGAGAGCCCGCUUUCCGGACCCCGCCGAUCCCCGGGGUGCUUGGCCCUCGAGGAUCUCCCUCCCUCCCGUUGUCCCUCCCCCUCCCUCGUCUCCCGCUCUCUUUGCAGUGCUGCCGGAGGAGAGGCGCGCUCACCGCAGCUGGAAACAGCUGCCACCCCUCUCCAACCCCCCGCCCUGCUCCCCUACCCCGUGUCUGGUUAAUCGCUCCCACUUUUCGCCUCUUGGAAUUCCAGAAGUGGGGAGGCCGGCCCCCGGAGAACCGCAGCCGGGGCGAUGCAUUUCGUAGACCUCACCCAGCCGGGACGGACCUCCUAAUCUUCAGAACCGCGGGCCACAGGGAGUUAAAUUGCUGCCUUCCUCUUCUCUGUCGCGGUUGGUGGUUCGUUUUCUAAAGGAACGUUUUAUUCACUUUUUACUAUAUAUAUUUUUAAGCCGGGGGCACGCUUCUAGCCUCGGUCCAGACUCUGCCUUGUAAACGGGUUUCUAUGUAUAUAUGUGUAGGUAUACUUUGGACACCUUACAACGCUUGCGCCUCGCCAACCGGGGCACGGCUUGUUAUUUUGGACAUCUUUUCCCCCUUUCCACUUGGUACCCCGAACGCAGUGUGACCAAACUCCCCACCGCCCUUUGGACGUGGAUCGCCUUGGGGUGCAAGUUUGGGGUACAAACGUCUACUUCGCAAGAAGGCCUGGGACCGCCCCGCCCCCGCCGCCAGUGGUUGGGGAAGUUUACAUCCGGAUUUUCACACGUUUUGUUGCCACACUGCCCAGACUCUGACUAACCUUGUGGGCUCCAGGUUUUCGAUACUGCAACCUCCUCAAAUAUUAGCACUGCCUCCCCGCGCCUGUCCUAUUCCUCCAGGCCCCCGAGGUCCUGCCCUCAUCCCGGCGGAGCAGGAACCCGAGGGCGCAGUGGAGCCCGGGGCCUCCGGCCCGCGCUGAGCAGCUAUGGCUGCGGCGAUAGCCAGCUCCUUGAUCCGGCAGAAGCGGCAGGCGAGGGAGUCCAACAGCGACCGGGUGUCGGCCUCCAAGCGCCGCUCCAGCCCCAGCAAAGACGGGCGCUCCCUGUGCGAGAGGCACGUCCUCGGGGUGUUCAGCAAAGUGCGCUUCUGCAGCGGCCGCAAGAGGCCAGUGAGGCGGAGACCAGAACCCCAGCUGAAAGGGAUUGUGACAAGGUUAUUCAGCCAGCAGGGAUAUUUCCUGCAGAUGCAUCCAGAUGGUACCAUUGAUGGGACCAAGGACGAAAACAGCGACUACACCCUCUUCAAUCUAAUUCCUGUGGGACUGCGUGUGGUGGCCAUCCAAGGUGUGAAAGCCAGCCUUUAUGUGGCCAUGAAUGGAGAAGGCUAUCUCUACAGCUCAGAUGUUUUUACCCCAGAAUGCAAAUUUAAGGAGUCUGUGUUUGAAAACUACUAUGUGAUCUAUUCCUCAACCCUGUAUCGCCAGCAGGAAUCAGGCCGCGCAUGGUUUCUAGGACUCAAUAAAGAAGGUCAAAUCAUGAAGGGGAACAGAGUGAAGAAAACCAAGCCCUCAUCUCAUUUUGUACCAAAACCUAUUGAAGUGUGUAUGUACAGAGAACCAUCUCUACAUGAAAUUGGAGAAAAGCAAGGACGCUCGAGGAAAAGUUCCGGAACACCCACCAUGAAUGGAGGCAAAGUCGUGAAUCAAGAUUCUACAUAGCCUGGCUGAGAACUCUUCUGUUCUUCCCUCUCCUCCCCUCCCUUCUUCUUCCCUCCCUUUCCCCGUUUUCUCCAGUAAAUCCACCCAAUGAGAGAGAGAGAAAAAUAAAACAGCAUCACAGGACUUAGUAGCUGAGAUACUGCACUAAAAAUCUUCCUUUGUGUAGGACAAGAAAUUUGAACCAAAGCUUGCCUGUUGCAAUGUGGUAGAAAAUUCACAUGCAUAACAAUUAUUGCACAUAAGAGCAAAGGAAAAAAUAAAUCGGGACUCCACAAACAUUAAAUUUAACUGUGUUGUUAUUAAUAGAGGGUUAAUUGUAAUAAAGGGAGGCUAUAAUGCAGACAAAACAGAGUCAUUGAAUGGAUGUAAAAGGUUUUGAGAAAGUCACUUAAAAUGUCAUUGAACUGUAAACCCUUUUAAGUUUUAGAGCAUUCUGUAAUGUGCAGUUUUGUUUCGUUUUUGUAUUUUCUUUACACUUCUGUCCAUGAUACACAAUUACAUGCUGUUUCCAGGAUAUUCAUUUUCAAUCAUAAAAUUGAAUAUGACAAAAUUAUAUUCUUUUAAUAUCUGAUAGACACAUAGACAGGGACCAACUCACAUGAAGAAAAGUUUUAAACUUAUUCUUGAUGUUAGCAAUAUUUUUUUAUUUUAGAAAAGGAAACUCUUGUGUUGCAUUUAAUCAUAUUAGCUGAUUUAAUUCCUUUGUAAGGAGAUUCACAUUCUUCAAGCUGAAUAUUAUAUUUUUAUCUAGGUAUUGAUCUGGAAUUUUAUUAUUUUUUUAGACAUUCAGUGAAAAGGAUUUUAAUGUAUUCCUGAGGAGACUUAAAGAACUCCCGGGCAUCUGCUGAAGAAGCAUAGGCUUCUUGAAUUUUCCAUCCAGUCUUAGUGGGAGUAUCUUUGAGUGUGUAUGUUGAACUUAUAGCUGUCAUAGAAAGUUGAUUUUUUUUAACCAUACCUUGCAGAAGGAGAGAAGAAAGAUGGGUUUUACAGAAGGAAAUAAGUCUGAUAUAUAGACUCAAAGCAAAAUUUCAUUGCCUUUUUACAUCGCCAGGGUUUUGCGUGUAGAUUGUUUUCUCAACUCUAGGAGAACUUAGGAAGUAUGGCUGUGAAAUUCCUACCUUAUCAUCUAUGAAGCCAGUGGCAUGUGUGUUGGGUUUUAUCCACAUUUAUAAGCCUAGUUUGCAACAAUUCUACAUUGUAGAAAACAGAAGGUAAUUAGUUAAACAUAGAAUUUUCAAGGGACAGAGGAAAAAAUGUGGAAUUAACAGCUUUGAAUCUAGUAGCCAGGGUUUUGUGGGUGGGUUCGUGCAGUGAAAAAGAACUUCACGUAAGUGCGAGCAAGUGCACUAUUAGAACACUGAAGUACUAGAAAACAUUAACAAAGAUGUGAAGCUAUACCACGGCAUUGAAAUCCUAGAUCUACUUCGCCCUGGAUAUCAGGAAUGGUGUAGAGAAAUCCAAAUUCAAACAAACCAAACCAGAAUGUUAAAAAAAAUGUUUGCAGCUUUAUGGAUAUCAUAAUGAGAAGACUUAAGCAUGUAACUUCUCCUAUAUCUCUACUGUCCAGCAUGUGUUAUUCCAACUAGGACUCCCUAAAAUACAGACUUUGCAGAAGAUCUAAGCCCUCACUUCAAACCUUUCCACGGGUUGCUGUAUUCUAUUAAGGUCAACAUAAUGUCCCCCCUCUACACAAACAUUAUUCUUCAGUGUAAUUCUUGCCCUAUAAAUUUAUGUUCUCUGGAGGGUGGCAGAAAAUGUACUGGGAGAAUUUUUUCAUAAACUUUGGAAGAAUAGAGGUUAUGCACACAGACAAGACUUUUCAACAGAUUUUAAAUAGAAUAUAUGUAAAGCAACAGAAAUAUAUAUAUAUAUAUAUAUAUAUAUAUAUAUAUAUAUAUAUGUUGCUCUCUUAGGAAAAGUACAACUAUGUAAAGACACACAUCCAGAAGUUGUAUUUGUUGUCACUGUUGAUCCAACUUGAUUAUAAGUACACCUGUCACUUCCAGGACCAAACAAAUCCCAAGCACAAGGCCUUAUUUUCUUUAAAAAAAUAAAUAAAUAAAGAGGCUUCAACAAAAUGGGUCAUGGGCUCUUUUAAAGGGAAGUGCCUGGAGUUUUUUAGGUGAUAUGUUUACUAAACCAUAAUGCACUGAGGUACACAGGAAGUGUCAUUGGUGGAAAUCACAGUUGCCCAUCUCUCUGAGGAUUUCAUGAUAGAAAUUUAAUCUCAUUAUUUAUGAAAAUAUAAUGCUGAUAUUAAUCUCUAAUAAAAUCCCUUCUCUAUUUUCA